GCGAGGUGGAGUGUGUGCGUGCGUGGGCGUGCGUGCCUGUCUGCCUGACCACAGGUAGCGCUCCGAGUGCCAUGCCGGAGAGCCUGAGCAGAACGUGUGCUGUUCGGCCAGCCACAGAACUGGGAGUUCCCGGGAGCAGGGGGAACAUGGAAUUUGGACUUUACUGAGCAACUGGAGCGUGGCCCUUGCUGGCCCGGGAAAGCACCAUGGAUGGCGAACAAGGGGGCAGGAUCGGCAGCAAGCCCCCGGGGCUAGAAGGCUCUCCUGACGCUAGGCUGCUUGCAAACCCAUUGAUGGGGGAUGUUGUGUCUGAUUGGUCUCCUGUCCAUGAAGCUGCGAUCCAUGGACGUGUGCUCUCUCUGAGGAACCUCAUCAGCCAGGGCUGGCCUGUGAACCUCAUCACGGCAGAUCGUGUGUCCCCACUCCAUGAAGCCUGCCUCGGAGGGCAUCUCUUGUGCGCAAACAUUUUAUUAAAGCAUGGAGCUCAGCUUUUCUUGCAGGUGAAUGGCGUCACUACGGACUGGCACACUCCCUUGUUUAAUGCUUGUGUCAGUGGCAGCCAGGCUUGUGUGAAUUUGCUUCUGCAGCAUGGAGCCAGCCCCCAUCCUGAGAGUGAUCUGGCGUCUCCCAUCCACGAAGCUGCUAAGAGAGGUCAUGUGGAGUGUGUUGAAGCUCUUGCAGCUCACGGGGGCAACAUUGACCAUAACAUCAGUCACAUGGGAACGCCUCUCUAUUUGGCUUGUGAAUACCAGCAGAUAGCCUGUGCCAAAAAACUCCUGGAGUCAGGAGCAACCGUGAACCAAGGUAGAGGUCUGGAGUCCCCUCUUCACGCAGCAGCCAGGGCGUCCAGUGUGGAUCUGGCUGCCUUGCUCAUGGACUUUGGAGCAGACACCCAGGCUAAGAAUGCCGAAGGCAAGCGUCCUGCAGAGCUGGUGCCUCCAGAGAGCCCUGUGAUGCAGCUCUUCUUGCAGAGAGAAGGGCCGCCCUCUCUCCUGCAGUUGUGCCGCCUGAGGAUCCGCGGGUGUUUCGGAGCCCGGCAGCACCACAGGAUCGGCGCACUCCUCCUGCCAGAGCAUCUGAAACGCUUUCUCCUGCACCUUUGAGUGCAUCAGGGCAGUGGCUCGCCACUCAACAGGAAAACAGUUACGGAGAGCUGCAGCCGCUGUAGUGAGAAAUAAAGUUGACUUGCAAGAGCUUGGCUUGUUUGUUCCGUUAGCUUUUCACUUUUAAUCGAAUCACGCUGGGUACUUUUGAAUUCCUGGGUAGACAGGAGGAAGACUUUCUCCACCCCUGCUUGGAAGAGAGAGUCUAAAAUAACAAGUCUUGUUUUGAACAUCUACCGUGCAUCCAGCACUGAGCAAGGAGCACUUGGUGUGUCAUCUGGAGCCACCACCGCAGCUCCACCAGAAAAAAAGUUUUCUGACCCCUGAUCUGGAAUUAGCAAUGAAAGGCAAAAGCAUUAACCUCACAGUGAGAGGGUUUGGUGAAAACACUCUGCUGCUUGGGACUUCACAGCAGAAGAGAGGAAGAAUCAACAGGUGCACCAGGCCCAGCGACAGGGAGUACAACACUCCCCCAGGGAUCUGCAAAGACUUUGGUCAGUGGGUUCCACGGAUUUAAGAGCAUGCUUUUUCCUUUGCCUGGUCAGUGCUGACUCCAUUCCCUCUGAUUAAUGAGUAAGUGGUUUUCUGUCUUUAGUUCAGUAAUCUGGGGAUGGAAGACAGCUGUUCCACUACGGAUCCCCACCAGUGCUAGUGAUGCUAAAUUGGUUGUGAAAUGAGGCUGGCAGAUCGUUUUCCUUGGGCUGUAAAUUUCUGUGUCUCAUAUGAUUUCCACUCUAGGUCAGGACUGGAGAGAGCCAUUUUAGGAGGGAGAGAAACUUCGGUCUGACCAUACUGUACUGGAAGAAGUUGUCAAAGCUUUUGCUGUAAAGCUUCACCUUCUUAGGCUUGUCACCGUGGGCAAAGGUCUCGCUUUAAGUGCAGAGUCAUGGAAUAAUGAGUUUCUUUGAAUUAGCUUAUUAGGUCUGAAAAGAAUGACUCAGAAAUCCGUGAGGAGCUUGUUUUCCCCUGAUGUGGAAUAACAGGACAAUACUUGAUAUAUGGCUGCCCAAAACACAGAGGACCGACUUUAUUCAAUAUUUCACCUAACGAAUGGAGACAGUAUAAUGACAUCUGGAUGUUGUCUAUUCUGACACAGAUACUAACCUUUGAGUAGUGGUGUGUUGAUAAAAUGUUUAACGUCCAAAUUUCUGGGAAAAAACACAAACUUUUGGUUUGCAGUGUUUGCCAAUUUCUCUGGUGUAAAUAUGGCCACAUGACCAAUUUCAAGCUACCAACAUAACAUCAGUGAAUGCAGAAUUUGGGAACAAAUUUGCACGAUCAGCUUUUGGGAGAUAAUCCCAGUUGGCUGCAGCCAUGACUCUCUUCUAGGGCUAGACUGUAUAGAGCAAGGCUGGCUCCUGUCGCCUGCAUUGGAAGAUAUAAGCUGCUGGGAAAGGAGUGAGGGUGUGGCACACUGGGGGACAGAUCUUGCUUCUGUCCCCAGGGCUUCAUUUCUUCCCAACAACUUUCAAGUAACCAGGCACCAGCUUCUUCCCAACCGAUUCAAGAGCAAACCUACAGGAUCGUGUAUUUUGCCCUUCACCUUUUCUGCUCUCCCUUUGGAAGUCUGAACAACAUGACAACAAAUGGAAGACAGAAAUGAGAUGUCAGCAAAGCCACCAAGCCUGGAACUAACUGCACAGUGUCCUCUGGAAGGAUUCUGCUACUUUGACAUUUAAAAAUGUAUUUUCCUCCUAUAAUUCCUAGAAUUGGUUCACUUUGGAUUCACUAAGCCUUUAUGAUACAAUUCAGAGCAGAUGCUCCCAAACUGAAAAUUCAUACACAGAACCUUGAAAUCUAGGGAUUCCCCAGAUUCUGCCUCAGAUCCAAUGAGUUGGAAUCCCACUGAGGGUAGAGAAUGGAGAGCAAGGCCACAUGCAAUAUUUUACAGCAAUUUCCUUGAAUGAUUCUGAUGCAGAUAAAGGACUGGAAAUCAGUGCACUAGGAUUUGGUCAUUGUUCCACUGGGCAGCACUCAAAGUUAAGCUGCAUCUUCUAGAGCAGCAGUUCAAAUGCGGGCGUUUACAGACGAACAUGUGCAGGACAGCAGGGCAAAUGCCUGUGCCAGGGCCCCACCAAAUGGUUGUUUACUUAUUUGGAAUACAGAGAGAACCCCCAUUCUCUGGUUCAUUCCCAAAUGCCCACAACAGCAGGGAUUGGACAGGCUAGAGCUGGGAGUGGGAAACCCAACCCAGGUCUCCCACUGGGUGGCAGGGACCCAACCACUUGAACCAUCACCUCCUGCCUCCCAGGAUGCAGAGUAGGAGAAAGUUGGGAUCAGGAGCUGGAGCCGGGAAUUGAACCCAGGUACUCAGAUGUGGGAUGUGGGCAUC